CCUGUCUUUGGCUGAAGGCUGCCUCCAGCAGUCAAAUGUAAGCGGACCUGAGGGCAGCAUGAACGGACCUCAGCUCAGCGAACUGCCGGACGACUCGGAGCAGCUCAGGCCGUACGUCAGCCGCCUGAGGCGGGGUGCGCUGCGGGCCGGCGAGCUGUCCGCUGUCGGGAGCUUAUCCAGCGGCUUUCUCCUCAGGUUUCUGCGGGCCAGAGACUUCAACACGGAGCUCUCCCUCAAGCUCUUGCUCAACUACCAGCGGUGGCGAAGGGAAAGUCCUGAGAUCAGCAGCUGUCUGUCUCCUUCCUCGGUGCUCGGCCUCCUCAACACGUCGUACCACGCUGUGCUCCCGCAGCGAGACUGCACAGGCAGCAGGGUGCUCAUCUACAGGAUUGGGCAGUGGAACCCGAAAGACUGGUCAGCCUUCCAGGUAUUCAGAGUCAGCCUGAUGACAUCCGAGAUCAUCUCAAGGGAGAACGAGACACAGAGGCAGGGUGUGAAGGCCAUAUUUGACCUCGCGGGGUGGAGUUUGAGUCAUGCCCUGCAGAUUAACCCUUCGCUUGCCAGAAAGAUUUCAUCUGUGCUUUCGGACUCUUUCCCACUGAAGGUCAGAGGAAUCCACCUGGUCAAUGAACCGAUGUUCUUCCGUCCGGUCUUUGCUAUGCUUCGUCCCUUCUUGCCUGAUAAAAUCAAGCAGAGGAUCCAUAUGCACGGUUCUGAUUUCCAAGAUUCUUUAAGUGGCUUCUUCUCAUCACACGUUCUGCCUCCAGAAUAUGGAGGGCAUGGGCCUGGAAUAACACAAGUGUGUCAAGGCUGGACCAAUCACCUGCUUCAAUCAGAGAACCUCCUGCAGCAGAUUGCUGCCCACCCAACGGGUGACAUCACAAUGACCCCUGAUGACUGUUUGAUCACAGAGGAAGGCGGGACUCUGUGAAAGAUGAUGAUUGGACGUUUGGGUGGCUGACUCGCGUAUACGUGGCGGGUUUGUGCACAUGUCUACGGUCUCUGCAGUGCUUGUUGUGGAAGUUGGCUGAAGUGAGAGAGCUGAAAACGAGAUCCUUAAUGGCCGUGCUGUUUCAUGUUUACGCCACAGCCGACCAAUCUGGAAUUUUUAAGAACAAUAACAAUGCUGAUAUUAUUAUGUCAUGAUUUUAAAAUCAUAUUUUGAUCGAUCUGCUGCUUUUGUUUCUGUUAUCAUUUUUUAUUUGUUACAUUACUCACAUCAUGUUAUAAGUAGUUAUUUAUUUAUUUAGCCUCUGCCCAACUCAGCUAUAAUCAGCUGAUUGUUGUUUCCCAGACAGUUUUAUACCUUCCCUCUGGCACCAGGAACAAAUCACCACCGAGCUGACAUGGGCCCAAUCACUGAGGCUUUAUAGUGAAUGCUUAUGGUUUUACUCAGUUUUUCAAGCAUUUAGGAGCUUGAUGUAAGUAUCUGGGAAUAGUGCUGUGUUGUAAUUUCAUCGUCAUAUUAAUGCUGCUCCGGGACCAUCACUGUAAACGAUGAGUCACGCUGAUGUUUAGUCAAAGGAUCCUGCAAUAAAAAGCUCUACUCUUA